AUGGGCCUGCGCAAACAGCCCCCACCGCGUCUAGAGAACAUUAACAAGCCAAAUCCUCGAUCGAACCCACGUUCGCCCAAAUCACCCAACUCAGCAUCCUCCCAACGCCCGACUCCUUUGAACCGAUUUUCUUCUGAGGACUCUAUCUACUCCCCCGAUCUCAACACUUCACCUGCAUUUGACCUGAUGCCACUUGAGGAGGCACAGCGCUCACCGAUGGGGUCUCCCACCAGCCAACCGCCAAACCCAUGGCCCGACAAUAACGGAAGGCCAGAGGAUGGCCACUCCGGUCAGUAUAGUCAGUAUGAGGGAGCAUACCAGGACCCUGCAAAUACCAACGCUCACUGGGGUCCACACACGUUGAUCGCAAGUCAACAACCAGGAGCGGGCGAGAAUGCGUGGCGGUCAAUACCCGAUGCCACUGAGGCUUCCACUGGGGAGCUACCGGUUCAGCUACAGUCGAAUAACCCAUUCCUGAAGCCCAGGCCAGCAGAACAUACUCAAGAGCUUUUGGAUCGUAAUGAGUGGGGGCGCGAUUCACAUACGACUUCAAACAGUGACCCAUUGAGCCAAACCGACGGAUAUAUUCCGAUGACUGCACGGCUGUCUCUUUUAGAUGAGCCCCACCAAGAAUCCCCAUGGUCCGAGGCUCCUUAUCCCUCUCACUCCGAGCAACGGGCUGUGUUAGGCAGCCAUCACAUCACUGAUAAGUCACCGUGGGGUUCUCAAGAGUCGAUCAAACUCUUGGCCCCCCAGGAAGUAUACCUACAAGGAGUUCAGUCUAAUCCAUAUGCCCCGGCAGUUGCUGUGCAGCUGUCUGACCACUCUGACGGGGAAAGCCGUUCCCGCGCACAAUACAAACCUUCAUCCACUGGUGGGAUGCUCGGAUCGGACGCUGGCAUCAACACUCCAUCUGUUGCUCUUAGUAGUGGAACCUCCGCCACAUCCCAUGAACUGAUUGAUUUGGGUGCGUCGAGCGCCACUGACAAUUCGAGAGUCGAGACCGGUUCUCACGCUGCGUCUUCAGUGUGCUCAGAACCCGCCAUGAAUGGAGCAAGAUCAUUGUCAAAAAAACAAGAUCUCGCAUCUUCCCUGGUGCACCAACCACAGCAACUCAAAACAAAGCCCAUUUUAUCUGUUUCAGAAGCUGCACGACAAAAGGAGCAGAGAUCAGAAACAUAUACUAUUCGACACAUCCGAUGGACCGAUCAAAGUGGUCGACUAGUGGAGUCCCCGAUUUUGGUCCAAAAUCAAAACGGACCCUGCCCGCUGCUAGCCCUUAUCAAUGCAUUAGUGCUGCGAGCGAACCCCAACACUCGCCCACCAAUCGUUAGAGCUCUGUCAACCCGUGAGCAAAUAUCUCUGGGCCUGCUUAUUGAGGCGAUGUUUGAAGAGCUGACAACAUGUCUGGGUCCCGAGGAGGAGUUUCCAGACAUCGAGGCCCUCACUCAAUUCCUGACAAUGCUGCAUACAGGUAUGAAUGUCAACCCACGUUUGACAAUGGAUUCUAUGGAAGGAUUUGGCACUUUUCUCGAAACUAGUGACCUUCGACUAUACAGCACAUUUGGUAUCCCAUUGAUUCAUGCCUGGCUAGCCCCUUGGUCUAGUCCUGUUCAUGCUGCAAUGUCACGCACUGCGCAAUAUUAUGAGGAUAUCCAAAUGCUGCCUUUUCGCAGACAAGAGCUUGAGGACCGCGUGGGGCGAGGCGAGACACUUGAACCCGAGGAAGAGAAUAUCAUGGCGGAUAUCCAAAUAAUCCAGCAAUUUGUGGAAAUUGAGAAUGCGACACAAUUAAGCCCAUUUGGCUUGACACAGCUGUCAACUAAACUUACGCCCGGAUCUGUCUCCAUCCUUUUCCGCAAUGACCAUUUCUCGACUUUAUAUAAACACCCGCAAUCCCACCAACUCUACACUUUGGUUACCGAUGCUGGUUAUGCGGGCCAUGCCGAGGUAGUUUGGGAAUCUCUUGUCGACGUGACAGGGUUCAACACAGAAUAUUACUCUGGCGACUUUCGCCCCGUGGGCGCUGGUCCCUCGGCCACAUCUGAUCCUGCUCCCGCACCCGGCACAUCGAAUGAGCCCACUCAUUCUCCAGGCGCAAACGAAACAUCAAAAUCCCCUGAGCCAACCCAAGAACAGAGUGAUGCAGACUAUGCGUAUGCGCUCUCACUUCAGUUUCAAGAAGAAGAGCGACGCGAAAAUGCUAGGAAUCAGCAGGCUCGCGAUCGUCGUACGUCUGCCCCAAGUAAUUCUUCCAAUCGACCAUCACCUUCACCCCGCUUGAGCAACGUACCUACUCGGUCUUCAAGUGUUGCCAAUGCGAUUGGCUCUCAACCCAGACCUCAGCCACAACAUGUGCCCGGGGCUGAGGACCCAAACGCACCCCCUCCUCCCUAUGAACAAGCUACCAGUGGGCCGCGCUAUUCGCCCCCUGACAGAAGGUCAUACGGCGGUACUCCAGGAAAUCAAUACCCUGGGAGCCGGAAUUCACGGAAUCGAACCCCACAGUAUUCCCACCGACCACGCCCAUCUGUGCGUACAGGGGGUCAGAACAUAAUGGAAACAGAACGGAACAAAGACUGCAUAGUGAUGUGA